AUGUAUCAAGACUUCAUGAAAGAGUACCUUGCUCUUGGACAUAUGUCAUUACUACCAACCCCUCCUCCAGGACACCACUACUAUAUACCGCAUCAAUGUGUCCUGAGACCUGAAAGUAGCUCCACAAAGUUUCGAGUUGUAUUCGACGCAUCGAGUAAGACGUCAACCUCGGUCUCACUAAAUGAGACUUUAAUGGUGGGUGCAACUAUUCAGAGGGAGCUUUACGCUAUUCUAGCAAGAUUUCGAUUGAACAAGUAUGCCUUAACGGCUGAUAUCUCAAAGAUAUAUAGGCAAGUUAACAUUGCCGCAGAAAAUCGGGACUUUCAACUUAUCUUGUGGAGGGAGAAAUCGACACAAGCUCUCCAAACCUAUCGUCUCAACACUGUUACGUAUGGGACAGCCUCAGCUCCGUUUUUGGCCAUCCGUUGUCUCUUUGAGCUAUCAAAGAUUUAUGCUGAAUCACAUCCUAUUGCUUCAGAGGUGAUUUCAAGCGACUUCUAUGUUGACGAUAUGCUCACAGGAGCCAGCAGUUUAGAAGAGUUGGAAACCAUUCGUAGAGAAGUAACUGAGGUCUUGAAAUUCGAAGGCUUUGAUCUGGCCAAAUGGGCCACAAAUCAUCCUAGUCUGCUGGAUAAUAGAGGGCCAGACAAAUCUCUUAAAGUUGACCCUUCCGCUUCCAUAAAAACACUUGGUAUGAGAUGGAAUCCUCAGAAUGACGUUUUUCAUUAUAGCUUGGAGGAUUCGUUUGAUUCGUUGCCAGCAACAAAACGCAACAUUUUGUCCGUCAUAGCUCGGUUGUUUGAUCCCUUGGGCCUAUUGUGUCCGUUGAUAACUAGAGCGAAGAUCUUGCUUCAGGAACUGUGGCGACAAAAAUUGGAUUGGGACGAGUCAGUUCCCAUGAGAUUGCAUACCAGCUGGAAUAGGUUCAAGCAGAAUUUUCUAGAACUAGACAAGAUCUCCAUACCUCGAUAUAUCUGUCUGCUUAUGAAACUGUCCAUAUCCACGGCUUUGCAGAUGCGAGUGAGGCCUACGGCUGUUGAAUAUAUAUCCGUACCAUGGUUGGGACAACUGGUCUAUCGAGACUGCUAA